AUGCCAGAAGUUUGGUGUACUCUGAAGAGAUCAUUAUCCUGCAGCAAAUCAUUCCUUUGUGACGAUGUUCAUGAGCCAGAACCGAUUAGAGAUUCAAACUCCAAGGAAAGAACAGAACGAGAUUCAUCUGGAUGUUUAAGGUCCAAAUCUAACCUUAGAGACAUCAUUUGUGGAAGCAAAAGACACUCACAGAAGCCAUCGCCACGAUCGAGCUCGAGAUCAUUGGCGAUGAGUGAAGUUCUCCACACCAUGAUCCAUGAAAUUGAAUCCCAAAUUAAAAGAGAUAACUUCUUUGUUCCUCAUGAAGAGAAACCCCGUCUUAAACUCCACAAAAUUUCUGUUACAAGAAAUAGCCAUGCCUAUUCUGCAACUUCUCAUAGCCAAUUCAAUGAUGGCUACGAAUUGAUUUGCCAAGAAUGUGGCGGGGUUUUUAAGAACUCGGAUGCACUGGAAUCGCAUCAUCUUUCCAAGCAUGCUGUGAGAGAAUUAUUACAGGGGGAUUCAUCGAGGAGAGUGAUAGAACUAAUCUGCAAAAGAAAUUGGCACAUGUCAAAAUCCCAUCACAUUGAGAAGGUUUUCAAAGUCCACAGUUCCCCAAGAACUCAGUCUCUCUUUGAAGUCUACAGAGAAAUGGUGAAAACCAAAGCGAGAGAACUGGAGAAUGAAAACCCACGUUGCUUAGUCGAUGGAAACGAGCUCUUGAGGUUCUAUGGGACAACGAUUGCUUGCUCAUUAUCGGCCGCCGAUGGUUCUCAGAUUCUCUGCAACUUAGUGAACUGUGGAGUUUGCCAAAUUUUAAGACAUGGGUUUAAUGGCGCGUUUACUUGUGCAACAAGUGGAAAAGCCUUUGAAGGUAUUGCGAUGAAUGAAGAUGUGAGGUUAAGAAAAGCUUUAAUGGUGUGCAGAGUGAUUGCAGGUAGGAUUGAGGAAGACGAAGAGAGUGAUAAUUCCGGGUUGGAUUUGUCGGGUGGGAAAACGGGUCGGAGUUCGAAACGGGAAGAGCUUUAUGUCUUUGAUUCUAAAGCUGUACUUCCUUGCUUCGUGCUAACUUUCAAACGCUAA